CGCUCGCGGUAACGGCCUCCCGCCCCACCCGAGUAUAUUUGAGGUGUCAGCCCCCGCGCGUUCUGCCUAUUGCUAAUCAGCUGCACUCGCGCAAGCACCUCUACUAUGGUCUGGGGUACGGUCAUAAUAUGGCCGUUCUUACUCGCCGUAGUGAUCAGCACUCAUGCGUACGACCCUGAGAUCGACGGCUACAACCCGCCGUCAUGCAGCAAAGGGGAGUACAAACUCUCCCCGCACAACUCGUGCAAAAAGUUCUACCAGUGCAAAAAUGGAAGAGUGAGCAUAAGAGUAUGCUCAAUGCUCCAAAAGUUCGACAGAAAAGGGUUAAAGUGUAAAUACACUUGGAACGUACACUGCAAAAACAUCAUACCCAAACAAAAACCAACGACUACAGAAACACCAUUCAUUGAACACCCGACAAGCACUGCAGCCCCAGACAUUACAACUCAGUCAGGUAAAACAUGGGACACUCCCGCUCCACCUUAUUCAACACCCGCAGCAAUCGAGAGGAAGUCUUUGGGAAGAGCGGGUGUCUCCGAGACUACUCCAGCACCGGGAGCUGUGACAACGACAGAAUCAAGUAGCUCAACACCUGCUUCGAACGCAACAUCGUCCACUACCCCAGCGCCUGAGAAACUCACCACACCCGCACCUGGUGAAGCGUCGUCUACCACCCCAGCUUGUGAAGCUGCCACGACCACCCCCGCGCCGGAAGGACAGACCACACCAGCGACUGGUGAAGUGUCUUCAACUACACCUGCCGGUGGUGAAGCGGUCACAACGCCAGCACCCGAAGGACAAACAACACCUGCACCUGUUGAAGGGUCAUCAACCACACCUGCUACUGGUGAAGGUACCACAACUACGCCAACUCCAGAUGGUCAGACUACACCCAUAGCUGGGGAAACUUCAUCUACUACUCCAGCUAGUGGUGUUGCGGGCACAACUACUCCACGCUCUCGGUCGUCCCUUGGGCGUUCCGGCGUUCCUGAACCGUCUUCUACCACGACAGAAUCGGCAACAGCAUCGUCAACCACACCCGACAGUCGCUCCGCCAUUGAUUCCUUGUAUCACUCAUCCACCCCGUCGCCUAGCAGCAACGCUACCCGUCCCUCGCCGCAGUGCCCAUCUACGGGCUGGCACCGCUACCCGCACGCGGAUUGCUGGAGGUUCUACGAGUGCCUCGAGGGUGUUCUGGCCGAGGUUUCGUGUUACCCUCUGCAAACCUUCGAUAAGUCCACCGGCCGUUGCGACUGGUCUUGGAAGGUCAACUGCCACGCCAAGUCGAAGCUGCCGGUCCUGCCCAACACUCAGCCGGAAGUACCCUCGUUCGGGUACCGGCCACCCUCGUGCCCGGCGUCCGGGGCAAAGAAGGCGCCCCACAACGACUGCUGGAAGUUCUACGACUGCCAGGACGGCGAGCUCUCCGUGCAGCAGUGCCUCCCACUCCAGCGGUUCAACCGCAAGACUCUGACCUGCGAGUUUACCAUGAAGGUCAACUGCGACGCGCUGCCGCCCUCGAGCGUGGAGCAGCCGGGCGCUGGAGGCCGUUCUCCAGUGCCACCUAUCCCGGUCUGCCCCGCCAGUUCGACGGUGGUCGCCGCCGAGACGGAUUGCGGCAAGUACUGGAAGUGCAGCAGCGGACACGCCAGCCUCGCCUCCUGCGGCAGCCUCCAGAGGUUCUCCAGGAACACCAAGAAGUGCGAAUGGCUGUGGACCGGUGUCGACUGCGACAAGCGUCGAAACGAACUUUACUUCUUCUGAGCCGAAGCAAGUGAAGUCAGAGUACACACCAAUUUGCAGGCGUAAAGUGUUCAUAUUCAUUAUUAUCAAUAAAUUAUUAACUCCAUGUAGUUGAAA